GACGUGGAGGCUGUGUCGCUCUGAGAUGCAUUUGUUUGUGUUUUCAAUUUAAAAUUAAAGUAUUUUGAGAAAGUUAAAGUUUUAAAAUGAUCGGAAGUGAUUAUACUUUGGAGUUGUGCAAUGUUUUUCAUUCUGGACAGGUAGAGCCUGGCAGCUUUUUUCAGCGGCUGACUGGUGGUGUGAAGACCGGGGUCAUCCUGAAAGAUGUCUCAUUCACGACACACAGUGGGGAGGUCACAGCCAUAUUGGGGUCGAAAGGCAGUGGCAAACGAGCCCUCCUGGACGUGAUAGCUCGUCGCGUGCCUUCGAAAGGCCACAUCUUGUUGGAGGGAGUGCCGCUGGAGGCUGACCACUUCAACAGCACAUGUGCGCUGGUGCGACAUAAUACACGACUACUACCAGGACUGAGCGUGCAACAGACACUUAGCCUGUCACUUACUAAGGUUUCAGGAUACUUGAAAUCAUCGAAAGUGAAGCAAGUAAUGGCUGAUCUAGCAUUGUCGAACGUUGCUCACAAAUGCGUGACGAAUCUCACAAAGAGUGAAUAUAGAAGAUUGGUUAUUGGAGUACAACUGAUCAGAGAUCCGAUAAUUUUACUGCUUGACGAACCGACCUGGGACCUGGAUCCACUGAACACGUACCUGGUGAUAUCAAUACUGUCUAAUGCUGCGAAGAAGUACGGUACCGACAUCAUACUCACAAUGGAGAAGCCUAGAUCAGAUGUUUUCCCAUUUCUGGACCGUGUGGUGUACCUAUGUCUCGGAGACGUGGUGUACGCUGGUCCUACGAGAAACCUCCUGGACUACUUUGGAAGCAUUGGCUUUCCCUGCCCACAAUUGGAGAACCCAUUGAUGUAUUAUUUAUGCCUAUCAACGGUGGACCGAAGGUCACGCGAAAGAUUUAUAGAAUCUAACCACCAGAUAGCAGCACUGGUGGAGAAGUUCAAGCUGGAAGGCCAGGGUAUAAUGCAGGGCAAUCUGCAUGAGAACAACCGCAUUGUGAAUCCUAACAAGAUACAGAUGAAUUAUGGAAAGCCGGGAGGAUUACAAGUUAUCUGGAUGCUGUAUUUGAGGCUACUAGUGUCCAUAUUCAACCUGAAGAAGAAUGGAAUGAAGCAAAUGUUCAUGAGACUGUUCAGUCUGCCGCUGUACUUCUUUAUAUUGUGGAUAUUCUACAAUGAAGCUAAGGAUUAUCAAAGAGCUUUCAUCACGAAGAGCGGUCUGAUCUUCAACGCCAUGGUUGGGACCUACUUCAUCAGUAUUAUGAACACGAUUUGUUUAUAUAGUCCAUACCGCACCCGUUACUACCAGGAGUCGCAGGAGGGUCUAUAUAGCGGUGCCAGCUUACUCCUGUCGUGGAACCUCGUCUCAUUGCCGUUCUCAUUCCUCAGUACUCUAGCCUCAGCUGCCGUUAUAUACCCGAUCCUAUCAGAUAUAUCAGAAAACAUGGACUUCUUGUACUUCGCGCUGGCGCUGUGGUCGUGCUACGUGUACGCUGAGCAGCAAGCUAUCGCCGUGAUGAUGUUCGUGAAGAACGGCCUCGUGGCCGGCAUCGUCAACAUAUACAUUACUUGUAUUUAUAUCAUGCUGGCUAGCGGAGUUCUGAGAUCAUACAAAGGCUUCGAAGAAUGGCUCUACUACUUAACCUACAUCACUCACACGCGAUAUGCGUCAAUCUUCAUGCAUCGCAACGUGUUCAAGCAGCCCACUUUCAACAUACUCCCGUACAGUGACCAGGAAAACUGCACAUCAACUAUAUCUAGUCUUUUACAAACUUCAUCAAGUUCUAAUACAAAUUCCAAUGCGAACUGUCGAUAUGCUAGUGGGAAAGCUUUUCUCACUGAACGUUUUACGUCCAAGAACUUCAAUGGAGAUUUUUAUUCGGCUAGUGAUUUCAAUUCUGAAUUCAAUUUAGGUGUGUCAUUUGCUUUCUCCCUUGGCAUAAUGGUGUUUAACAAGUUUUUAUAUCUAAUGCCUUUGCCAAGUUAUAUCACUGAUAAGUUCAGAGAAUAGGUUUAAAAUGUUGUUGGAGUUUAUAUUGAAUCUGCUGUCCGUCCGAUUUUUUUAUUAUAAAUGUGUAUUUUAUGUGUUAAUUUUAGUGUUGUAAUAAAUAAUGAUAUUAUUUGAAAAUUUAAUUUUUUUGACGCUACAGUUGAAUAUUCAAAUGUAACCGAAUAUAAAGCUUGAAACAAAAUAAAUUCGUUUAUUAAAUAAUGAUAUUAUAUAUUCAUAAAUAAUAAUGAAGAUUAAAUAUGAAAGUCAUAAUAUUCAAUAUGACUGCACGGUUGGUGCAGCGGCUGGGCUUACCGGCUGCCGCGCAACGUGUCGCGGGUUCGAUUUUUUGCACGGAACAACAACUUGCGAACUUGUCUGUUUGUAAUCGCUUAUUUUUUUAUUAGAUUACAAACCCCUAUAAUAACUAAUAAGAAUAGGGGAACCCACGACAGGAGAAAGUCCUAGUGUGGGGCAACAUUGUUUAAAAAAUUAUAUAUGUGCUUACAUACACAUUUGUGUACCCUUGCCUUUCGAAAGAUCUAUUUAUUUAUAACAAAAGUGUGUAAUUAAAGGUAUGUCAUAAUAAAAACCUUAUUAAUUCUUCAUAAGAUACAUUUUAUUAACUUACAUAUCACGCACUACUUACAAAAAAAACCACAUACAAAUUAUAGUUGAUUGUUACUAGCCAAUACUAAGAUCAUUGGUAAAAAACAUUUGAAUAAUAUAUUUUGCAUAUGUUGUUUACAGACUCAAUUGUAUGAAAAAAGGAUGUUUAAUACAUAACUACUACUCAAUACAUGGGAUAUAAAAAAUGUUAUACAUUUACUCAUCAAAAGUUUUAUUUUUUAAUUUAUUAUGUUAUUAUCUAAACAUAUAUUA